AGGAGGACACGGCCCGGCCUCUGCCCCUCCACCCUCAGGUCUCCAGCCACUGGAAGCCCUUUGGGGCCCUUAUGGGAUCCUAGGACACAGACGGGAUGGAGAGUGGGUCUGGGGCGGAGCCUAUGUCCAGCCCGGUGCCGACCCCCUUCCACGGCCUCCUCAAGAGGCAGCUAAUGCUCCAUUUCCCAGACUCUCUUGCAGCUAGAGUUCCCUGUCCUGGGGGGAUUCAGGAAGGUGGUGAGGGUUAGGCCUGUACCCCAGUGUGCACACAUUUCCAUGCACCAUGCCUGUGCCCUUGGUGUGCCAGCACCCCCUCCAGCCUCAGGGCCCUUCCCAGAAUGGUCUCCCCCUUCCCUGUGCCCCCUUGGGUGUGGCCAUUCAAGGCCUGUUGUCCCUGGAGGACCAGGAGCCCUGGGAGCAGAGCAGGGCCCGAGGGAGGCUGGGCCUCAACCUUGGCCUUCCUCACUUACCCCACUCUGGCCUCGCUGUGAGCCCCACGCCUCGCCCUGGGGGUGCUGAGAGAUGGCAGAGAGGGGGGAGGGCAGCCCUGCCCGGGACAGGCCCCGCCUUCCGGAAGCAAAGGGAGAGGACAAGGGGCGUGGUGGGGCGGCCAGAGAUUGGGAUCUACCUGCGCUGGGGUACUUGCUGGCUGGGGAGCCUAUCCAUGUUGACCGUGGGCGGUGGAGCCUCCCCCUUGCCAGGCAAAGCCUAUAAAGCCACCCAGAGUCCAGCCCUGGGCCGCCCGUUGGUGACCAUGAAGACUGUCCUCCUUGCCCUGCUGGCUGUCGGCUUGACCCUGCAGCCAGGCUCUGCUCUGCGCUGCUACUCCUGCAAGGACCAGGUGAGCAACCACGAUUGUCAGCAUGUGCAGAACUGCACCGACUCCGAGACGUACUGCUGGACCAAGCGCAUCCGUGCUGUUGACAUCGUGACCAUCAUUAGCAAGGGCUGCAGCUCGCACUGCGUGGAGGACGCCCAGAACUACUACGUGGGCAAGAAGAACUUCACUUGCUGCUCCACUGACCUGUGCAACGCCAACGGGGCCCAAGCCCUGCGGCCAGCAGCUGUCACCCUGGUGCUGCUCACCACUCUCGGUGGCCUGCUGCUAUGGGGUCCCAGCCAGCUAUAGGAUCCGGGAGGACCCCACUGUGCCCCCACACUGGGUAUCAGUGCCCAGGGGUCCUGGAGCGCUCUUCACACACACUGGCCCAGUCGAGACCCCUCCGAGACCCCAGCUCAGGUUGGGCCAUGCCCGUCUGCCCCUUCCAGCCUUUUCUGGCUCCCUCCAGAAGCCCUGCCCAGCUCCCCCUGCUCAGCAGGCUGAGUCCUGUUGAUGUGGCACUGUUCCAAAUCCCUAGAACCCAGCCUGCACAUGGUCUGCCCAAUGCCCAUGUCGCAGCCCCCUCCUCAACCCUUGCUUGGGCAUUUCUUCCUCCGGCAAGACUUCUCUGCCCCACCCCCCCAUCGACGGAGCCAUUCCCACCCAUGAUGUCCCCCACAACCAGCAAGGAGCAGGCACGUGGGAGGGCCCCACAAAGGCUGAAUAGAAUUAGGGGCAGGGAGUGUGAGGUCCCAUGGGCCCCAAGAGAUGAGGUGUGGAGGGGGGUCCAGCUCCCCAUGGCCAUGGUAGUUCUGGGGCAGUAACCCCAGCCCUUAAUAAAAUCCCCCCGACCUAGUGGCAGAGAGCUGUGUUCUUAUGUGCCCCGGGGUGGAAGCCAGGGUUGGGGUCCAGCGCUGUGCUGGACGGCCACCCGGCCCCGUGUCCAUGGGCUGUGGCCACAGCACUGACCAGCCACAUGGGGUGGAGGUCCGGCCU